AUGCCAGAAUUGGCGAGGUCGCUCCCCCGGUCCUGGUCGUCGACACUCAAGCUCCCCAAAUCUACCUUUCCCCCGCGGGUGUCGCCGGCCGACCAGACGAAAUACCUGCAACGAUGCACCGACGAUCUCUACGCCUGGCAACGCCGCGAAAGGCCCGCGCAGCAACCAUUUGUCUUGCAUGAUGGUCCACCAUACGCGAACGGAGAAUUGCACAUCGGGCACGCGCUCAAUAAGAUCUUGAAGGAUAUCAUCAGCCGAAUCCAAUUGGGACAGGGCAGGCGAGUACGUUAUGUUCCCGGAUGGGAUUGCCAUGGCUUGCCCAUCGAGCUCAAGGCACUUCAAAAUCUCCGAGAGAUAGGUGUCAACGAUGGUCCAGUCAGUGCAGCUGUGAUCCGCAAGUCUGCACGGCAGCUGGCGGCGCAGACGGUGACGGAGCAGAUGAAGGGAUUUCGGGGCUUCGCAGUCAUGGCAGAUUGGGAAAAUCACUGGAAGACAAUGGACAAGGAUUUUGAGAUGAGGCAACUGGGAAUUUUUCGGGAAAUGGUUGAUCGGGGUCUCAUCUACCGCAAGUUUAAGCCAGUCUACUGGUCGCCGUCGACCAGCACGGCACUUGCUGAGGCCGAACUGGAAUACAAGGACGAUCAUAUCUCCACGGCGGCUUUGGUCAUGUUUCCUCUCGUGGAUAUUCCAGCGCAUUUGACCAAAGACCCUCUUCUUAAGGUGAAGGAUGUGAGCGUCGUGAUCUGGACCACAACCCCAUGGACGCUGCCUGCCAAUGCUGCGAUCGCCGUUAACGAGUCUUUGGAGUACACCAUUGUCCAGUCAGAGAAACAUGGUCAUCUUCUUGUGGCUCAGUCUCGCUUCGAGUACCUGCAGAGCAUGUUGAAAGAAGAGUUGUCUAUCAUCAUCCCAUCCAUUCUGGGAUCUGAGCUGGCAGAGAAAAUCACAUACCGGCCUUUAUUCAAGGGACCGGAAGCCCCAGCACAGCCUAUCAUCGCCGCAGAAUUUGUUACGGCUGACUCCGGAUCUGGCCUGGUCCAUUGUGCACCUGGUCAUGGCAUGGAUGACUACGAGGCUUGCCGUGCUCGUGGGAUUCCCGUGUUUGCCCCCGUCAACGACGAGGGCAGGUUCACAGAGAAGGCAAUGCCGCACGACCCCACGAGACUUACUGGGAAGCCGGUACUGGGCGAAGGCAACGAUGCUGUUUUGGAAUACGCGCAAUCCCGUGGCCAAUUACUCGCUCAGCAUCGAUACGAACACAAGUACCCCUACGACUGGCGAUCGAAACUUCCAAUAAUUAUCCGGGCAACGGAGCAGUGGUUUGCCGAUGUUGCCGACAUCCGCAACAAUGCGCUCCGAGCAUUGGAGGAUGUUCGAUUCGUUCCUGAAACCGGCAAGCAACGCCUGGAAAACUUCGUGAAGAAUAGAAGUGAAUGGUGCAUCUCCCGGCAACGCGCAUGGGGAGUCCCGAUACCUGCCCUCUACCACCGGACCACUGGUGACGCGGUUCUUACAAAGGAUAGUGUUUCACACAUCAUGGCGACUAUUGAGGACCGCGGGAUCGAUGCCUGGUGGACCGAUAGUGUGGACGACCCUGCAUGGGUUCCGCCGUCGCUGCGGGAUGAGCCCGGGACUGGGUACCGACGCGGGACUGAUACCAUGGACGUUUGGUUUGAUAGCGGAACCAGUUGGACGGAGAUCGAUGUUCCCGCGCACGAGCGAAGCCAUCCGGCAGAUGUGUACCUCGAGGGCACCGACCAACAUCGCGGCUGGUUCCAAUCGGGGCUCCUCACCUACAUUGCGCAUCAACUGGCCUCGAGCUCUACUGCGACGCCUCGUGCCCCCUUCAAGCAUCUCAUCACGCAUGGAUUUACCCUCGACGAGGAUGGCCGCAAAAUGAGCAAGUCGGUUGGCAAUGUUGUCCAUCCUCAGUCUAUCAUGGACGGAACACUUCUGCCUCCCCUCAAACCCCGGAAAGGCAAGGGGAAGAAGCAAGCCGAAAACCAAGGUCUGCUGUACGAUGCUCUCGGUCCCGAUGCCCUGCGCAUGUGGGCGGCGAGCAGCGACUACACCCGGGACGUGGUGAUUGGGAAGCAGGUACUCCAAACGCCUCCACAAAUUCCGAGUCACGUUCAAGCUGCUGCUGGGAGCGCUAGCCGAUUUCCCCCGGAUCGCUUGGUGCCACACGACCAGUUGCAGCAAGUGGAUCGCAUUGCUCUCAAGCAACUCUCGGAUAUGGUUUUGACGUCGCAGAAGGCAUACAGCAACUUUGAAUUCUAUCGGGCUGUGAACACUAUGAACCGGUGGGCUAAUCUCGAGUUUUCGGCCUUUUAUAUGGAAGCUAUUAAGGAUCGCCUCUACACACUGGGCGAGGAUAGCACAAGCCGACGGGCAGCACAGACAACGUUGUUCCACAUCUACCGCCAUCUUCAAGAGGUGCUUGCCCCCAUCACCCCACUGCUUGUGGAGGAGACGUGGGAACAUACCUCGGAUGUGAUCCGUGCACAGUGGGAGCACCCCUUGCGACGCGUCGUCUCUACACCCGCGUCGGAGUGGCAGGACCCGACGUUAGAGACCAGCUACCAAGACAUCAUGGCUGUCCAUUCAGUCAUCAAGAAUUUGCAGGAACAGGCGCGCGGCAAGAAACAGCUUGGGUCAUCCCUGCAAUCUUUUGUUUAUCUGGCCCUCCCUAGCGACACCGUUUUCCACCAGUACCUUUCCGAGCUGCCCGACCUGUUCGUUGUAUCCUCCAUCCACCUGGGCCAACUAGGUGAACCUGUCCCCACAGAUAUCAGUCAGGCUGAAUGGCAGUACGAGGAGGCGAUUGAGCUCCUGGAUGGGCGUCAAGGCAAGGUGUACGUGUACGCGCCCGCCGAUGGAAAAUGUCCGCGGUGCUGGCGGUAUGCGGUCUCGGAGCCGGCGGAGAAUGCGAUCUGCGAGCGGUGUGACACGGUGGUGAGCGAGCUGGAGGCAACUGCUUGA